UGAGAAUGUGACACUUAAAACUCAUCUAGUUUGUGCACAUAUAAUAUUGUUGUAAUUUGUGGAGGUAUUAAAGGCAUGAGUGGGCGGAUGAAGCAGAGAGUGAGAAAGCAGCAAACAGAAGAGGGGUGGCUGGUGAGAGGGAGAGACACACGGGGAGGUGAGAGAGAGGCGAUCAGACGUAUGCUGCCUUUAUUUAGGUUACAGGGGGACAAAACACAUGAGGACUUUUGACUUAAAUAUCUUCAUUGAACCAAACAAGCUACUUUCCUUCAGCCUGGUUGUCAGCGCGUGUCAAUUUUUUAUAUUAUUUUUGCUGAAUACAACAGUUUGGUGAGGCCUAACCCAUCUGAGACAGCAGCCAAAAAGUAACUUGUUAGAUCCAGGAUUAAUGAACAAGUGAAUUGACAGAUUGGCGCAAAUAAAAGGAUUGGACUUAAUACUUUGACUAUGACUCACCAAAUGUGAUACUUUUGAUACUGCCCCACAAUUUCAAUUUCUUGUCAAUACUUUGCUGAUACUAACUUUUUCAAAUAAUAACACUAUAUAAACAUUUCAGAACAACACAUUUUGAAAAUCCCCAAAUAUCGCAUCCUUAACCAUAGCAUGUUUUCCCUUACUUUCAAUUGUCCAUAGUAUAGUAGCUAAAUUUACCAUGCAUCCCAGGCCUCUCCCCUUUGGACUCUGUAUACUGCUGCUGGGGCUUCUGCUGUGGGGAGCCAAUGGUCAGAAUGACACUGAGCCCAUCGUACUUGAAGGAAAGUGUUUAGUAGUUUGUGACUCCACUCCUUCGUCCGAACCAGCCGGUAAUGCCUUGGGGAUGUCUGUGCGCUCUGGGUCGGGGCGGGUUGCUUUUUCUGCCAGUCGCCAAACCAACCACGAGCCAACAGACAUGAGCAACCGCACAAUGAUCAUCUAUUUUGACAAUAUUUUGGUGAAUGUCGGCAAUCACUUUGACCAAGAGAGCAGCAUCUUCCUGGCACCAAGAAGAGGAGUCUACAGCUUCAACUUCCAUGUCGUGAAAGCAUAUAAUCGCCAAACUAUACAGGUGAGCCUGAUGGUGAAUGGUUGGCCCAUGAUAUCUGCUUUUGCCGGAGAUCAGGAUGUGACCAGGGAAGCCGCAACUAACGCUGGCCUCGUCAUCAUGGAGAAGGGCGAUAAGGCCUACCUCAGACUGGAGAGGGGCAACCUCAUGGGUGGAUGGAAAUACUCAACUUUCUCAGGCUUCUUGGUGUUUCCAUUGUGAGGAAGAACAACGCAGGAGGCAACUGCUGAAUGAAGAAAAUUAACCAUGCAUGAACAAAUGUGUUUUAUGCAAAAUCAUGGUCUGUGCAACCCAAUAUACAUCAGUAAGGAAUAACAUUUUGGCUACUGACAAGUGAGAAGGCUUUGACCUGUUGCAAUUGUAAAUUUUUCAGUUGUAAUGGCUUGAUGCUAUGUACAAUUAAUAGUGUUCCAAGGAGCUGACAGUGGUCCAAUUCCUACAGUAGGACAUUUCAUCAGAGAGGCUAACAUCCCCACUUACACAGCAGCUCAUCAUGUUAUUCCUGAUUGUUGUAUAUGGAUUGGUUGCAUUUUAUAAGUGAUGAUUUAAGUAUUCAGAAAUAUAUUGUCAUUAUGUACAAAGUGGGCUUUUUCUGUGUUACAACUCUUGUUGCGCACUCUUUAUUUAUUUAAUCCACCACGUUUGAAACACUGCUGUGCGCCACAUGGCCCCCUGUUUAUCUUAAGACCAUGCCAAGUUUGUUCUCUAUUCUCCUGUGUUGUAUGACUGUACCCCUCUAUAUCCUAUGCCAGAAUGUCUAUAAUCUGCAACAAAUAUCUAUUUAUAGAGAG